UUUGAAGAAAAGGUCACUUCCUGUUUUCAUACCGGUUCCAGGAAUUGACCUGACAAAUAUUGACUAGGCUGCCAUGACCUUCAAACACUAUUUUCCUGUGGGUAGGAGGUGAUGCAGCGCUGAAGACCCAGGGCCCCCAGCCCAGGGACCUUGCUAGGAUGGGGCCAGCGUGGCAGUGGCUGCUGGGAGCGGGGAUCCUGGCCUCUGUCUACUGGCAACCCUUUCCUGCCCGCCGAGAUAAGAGCCUGGGGGUGCCUGAAGCUCCCCGUGGCCAGCUCUCGGAAGCCCUCCCGGCCUACCGCAAAAUCACACCCACCAUUACCAACUUCGCUUUGCGUCUAUAUAAGCAGCUGGCAGCAGAAACCUCAGGAAACAUCUUCUUCUCCCCGGUGAGCAUCUCCAGCACCCUGGCCCUGCUCUCUCUGGGGGCGCAAGCUGACACUCCAGCUCAGAUCCUGGAAGGCCUCGGCUUCAACCUCACGGAGACGCCAGAAGCUGACAUCCAUCGGGGCUUCCAGAGCCUCAUCCACACCCUUGACCUGCCCAGCCCCAAACUUGAACUGAAAGUAGGCAACUCCCUGUUCCUGGACAAGCAGCUGAAGCCACAGCAGCACUCUUUGGGCAACAUCAGGGAGCUGUACCGGGCUUUCGCUUUUUCUGUCAAUUUCACGGACUCUAAUACAACUAGGAGGCAGAUAAACGACUUCGUGAAGAAGCAAACGUAUGGGCAGGUCGUGGACUUCCUGGAGGAGCUCACCCAAGACACGCUCAUGGUUCUCUUGAAUUACAUAUUCUUCAAAGCCAAGUGGAAGCAUCCUUUGAAUUGCUACCAGACCCCAAAGCAAGAGAGCUUCUUUGUGGAUGAGAGGACCUCUCUCCGCAUCCCCAUGAUGCACCAAAAGGAAAUGCACAGGUUCCUCUACGACCAGGAGGUGGCCUGCACCGUCCUCCAGAUGGAAUACAGUGGAAACGCCCUGGCCCUGCUGAUCCUCCCUGACCCGGGAAAGAUGGCUCAGGUAGAGGCUGCCCUGCAGCCAGAGACCCUGAGGAAAUGGGAUCAACUGCUCCUCCCCAGCCUGUUGGAUUUGCAUUUGCCAAGGUUUUCCAUUUCUGGAACAUAUAACCUGGAAGAGAUACUCCCCCAUAUUGGUCUCACCAGCUUAUUCAACUUAGAAGCUGACUUCUCAGGAAUCACUGGGCAGCUCAACAGAACUAUCUCCAGGGUGUCACACAAGGCGGCAGUGGACGUGAGUGAGCGGGGAACAGAGGCAGGUGUGGCCUCCGGCCUCCUCUCCCAGCCCCAGUCUCUGAACGCAACUUCGGCCCCACACGCCCAUUUCAACCGACCUUUCCUGGUGCUGUUUUGGGAGGUGACCACCCAGAGCCUACUCUUCCUGGGAAAAGUCGUCAACCCAGCUGCGGGGUGAUGGUGGUAGGAGGCCAGGGGAUGUCCUGUCCCCUCCCUGAAAAACAGGAAGGCCAGCGCCAGCCUGCAUCUCAGGGUUGCUCUGAGGACCAUUUAAUCAGUGUGCAAAGAUGCUAAUAAAGUUGGCCUUGGGUUUUGUGAA